GUCUGUCACGAAACCACAACAACUUAUACAAUGCCAGCAUCCGAGACAGCCAUCCAACUAGUUAAAGCAGUCGUUGGUAACGCUUCGACCGACGCAUCCAAUGAUGUCAAAUUAAUUGCAUCCGGUAAGCCCGAGCUUCUUGGCCAAUCCGAUGAAGAAAAGAAACAAGUUGAUACUUGGUUGGCCUGGUCCGAGAAGAAUGUCGCUUCAGCUGGAAGUAAUGUUGAGGGAUCUCUUGCUAAACUUAACGAUCAACUGCGCGACUCCACUUAUAUCGCUGGCAACCAUCUCACCGUUGCUGACCUUGUGGCUUUUGGUGAAUUGCACUCUCACGCUCAAAGCAUCAAUGUAGCCACCGCACCCAAUGUCCUUCGUUGGUUCGAUUUGAUCCAGAAUACUGUCGUCAAAGGCAACCUUGCUGCUGAGAAGCAAUUCUCCCUUGUUACAGUUGAUCUUGAUAACGUCCCCGAACCAGUCAUCACUGUCGCUAAGAAGGAGAAGAAGGCAAAGAAAGAGAAGAAGGAGAAGGCCCCACCAGCUCCCGCUGCACCUGAGCAACCAGUUGUCUCUAGACUCGAUAUCCGUGUUGGCCAUAUCGUCUCCUGCAAGAAGCAUGAUGAUGCUGACGCUCUCUAUGUUGAACAGAUUGAUGUUGGUGAUCCCGAAGGUACCCCGCGUACUAUUGUUUCCGGCCUCGUCAAGUGGUAUCCCGUAGAAGAAAUGCAGAACCGCACAGUGUUGGUCUUGUGUAAUUUGAAGCCCGCAAACAUGCGCGGCGUCAAGUCUCAGGGUAUGGUUCUUUGUGCAUCGCCCGCUGAUGGUACCAAGGUUGAACUUUUGGCACCUGUUGAUCUCACCAAGGUCAAGCCCGGUGACAGAGUCUACUUCGAGGGUAUGGAAGGCACACCCGAGGCUGUUUUGAACCCCAAGAAAAAAUACUGGGAAACCGUUCAACCCGACUUCAAGACUAACGGCGAGACUUUCGCCUUCUUCCAAGAUAAGCCCUUCUUGAUCAAAUCCUCCUCUGGUGAAGACGUCAAGGUCAAGGCCGCCAGUGUCACUGAUGGUCUCAUUAGAUAAACACCACCUUUUUCCCACCACCCAACAACUUAAAAUAAAAAAAAGUAUUAUCCGUUUAUAAUGAACGUCGUGAAGUCUUUUAAUAAGUAUAAAGGUCACGAAUAAUCUAUACAAAUUUAAUGCUAGAGUAAGCACAAAUAACAAAAGCUUGAAUAACUAGAAAUACAGUGAUAGAGAUAUGGCACCAUUUAGUGCAAACUGAGGAGUUGAGAGUAAUUUAAGACCAAAGAUCUCUGAUGGAGGAAUGCCAUCCGGGAGCACCUUCAAAUCCAUUCUUGCCUUGCUCGUAAUCAGCAAAUGCUUGGUAGAUUUCCUGCUCGGUAUU